AUGGGAGAUAAGGUGGGAAUUGUUGGCAUAUACGGUAUAGGGGGAGUCGGUAAAACUACUCUCCUUACUCAAAUCAACAACAGAUUUGCCACUAUAUUUGAUCAUUUUGAUGUUGUGAUUUGGGCUGUGGUUUCUAAAGAUUUCAAACCUGACAAGAUUCAAGAGCAGAUUUGGAAAAAAAUUGGCUUUUUUGAUGAGAAAUGGGAAAAAAAAAGCCUCCGUGAGAAAGCGGAUGACGUAUUCCAUGUAUUGAGCAGAAAGAAAUUUGUAUUAUUGUUUGAUGACAUAUGGCAGCGAGUUGACCUCGAAGAAAUUGGGGUUCCUCUACCUACUAGACCAAAUAGAUGCAAGAUAGUAUUCACAACACGCUCUUACAGAGUAGGCGGGCAAAUGGACGCUGAAAAGAUGAUAAAAGUGAAACCUUUGGAUUGGGAAGAAGCUUGGGCAUUGUUUCAGAAGAAGGUUGGGGAUAUUGAUCUUGAUAUUGUUCCUUUGGCUCAAGAUGUAGCUAAAGAGUGUAGAGGGUUGCCAAUUGCACUCAUUACCAUUGGUAGAGCCAUGGCCAGCAGAAAUACAAAGGAAGAAUGGAAGCAUGCUCUGGAGGUACUAAGAGGCUCUACAUCAAGCUUACCGGUCAUGGAGGAUGAGGUAUUUCAUGAUAUGGAGGUUGAGGUAUUUGUAAGAUUGAAGUUUAGUUAUGAUAGUCUGCUUAGUGAUAAAGUUAAAUUUUGUUUCUUGCAUUGUUCCUUGUUUCCGGAAGACUUCGAAAUUGAGAAAGAUGACUUGGUACAUUAUUGGAUUUAUGAGAAUUUUUGUGCUCGAAAUGAGGCAUAUUUUAUAAUCGGUUCUCUUGUUGGGGCCUGUCUAUUGGAAGAGAAAGGCGAACAUGUGAAAAUGCACGAUGUGAUUCGUGACAUGACUCUGUGGAUUGCACGUAAAUAUGAACCACGAAAAGCACAAGUUUUUGUAGGCGAGUGUCAAUUAACUCAAGUAAGAGAGGUUGGAAAAUGGGAAGGAUCAAAGCGGAUGUCACGAUGGCAAACUCCUUUGAGAGAAUCCAUGAAGUUCCCAUUUGUACCAAUCUUUUAA